AUGGCUGCUACCGCAACAGCUCCUUCUGCAGUCCGUUAUGCACCUGAGGAUCAUUCUCUUCCAAAGCCUUGGAAAGGGCUCAUCGACGAUAGAACAGGCUUUCUCUACUUUUGGAAUCCAGAGACGAAUGUUACUCAGUACGAGAAACCAUCCCCUCCCAAGUUUCCUGCGCCAUCGCUAAGCUCCUCUGUCCAGGUUCAACAACCCUCUUCCGUUGGUAGCUAUGCUCCUUCCAAGGACGAUGCCGCCAAGUACACUAGAGCCACUGACGCUGCCCCUAAGACUGACUCUGUCUCGAGGUUUUCUGAGGGCGGCAGGAGUGGACCGCCGUAUUCGAAUGGUGUUGCUAAUGGAGUGGGGAACUCUGCAUAUGCGAGAGGUCCUCCUCCUUCAUCAGCUCCCGAAAAUGAGAUUUCUCCGGAGGCCUAUUGCCGCCGUCAUGAAAUUACCGUCAGUGGGGGCCAAGUACCACCACCUCUCAUGUCCUUUGACACUACUGGUUUUCCUCCUGAGCUUCUGCGGGAGGUACGCACUGCAGGUUUCGCUGCUCCAACUCCCAUUCAAGCUCAGUCAUGGCCAAUUGCGAUGCAAGGUAGGGACAUAGUAGCCAUUGCUAAAACUGGCUCUGGAAAAACUUUGGGUUACUUGCUUCCUGGUUUUAUGCAUCUUCAACGCAUCCGAAAUGAUUCGCGAAUGGGCCCAACAAUCUUGGUGUUGUCUCCAACGAGGGAGCUGGCCACACAGAUCCAAGAGGAAGCUGUUAAAUUUGGGAGGUCUUCAAGAAUUUCGUGUACGUGUUUGUAUGGUGGUGCACCAAAGGGUCCUCAGUUGAGGGAUCUAGACAGAGGAGCAGAUAUUGUGGUUGCAACUCCAGGACGAUUGAAUGAUAUCCUUGAAAUGCGGAGAAUUAGUCUGCGUCAAGUAUCAUAUCUUGUGCUAGAUGAGGCAGAUAGAAUGUUGGACAUGGGUUUCGAGCCGCAGAUAAGGAAGAUUGUGAAAGAGAUUCCCACCAAGCGUCAAACCCUUAUGUACACAGCUACAUGGCCAAAGGGUGUCAGGAAAAUUGCUGCUGACUUGCUUGUGAACCCUGCUCAGGUCAACAUUGGCAACGUCGAUGAGCUUGUGGCUAACAAGUCAAUCACACAGCAUAUUGAAGUAGUAGCACCAAUGGAGAAACAGAGGAGGUUAGAGCAGAUAUUGCGGUCUCAGGAACCCGGCUCGAAGGUGAUAAUAUUCUGCUCAACCAAGAGGAUGUGUGAUCAACUGACACGCAAUAUAACCCGUCAAUUUGGAGCUGCUGCUAUACAUGGAGACAAGUCCCAGCCUGAGAGAGACAAUGUUCUUAACCAAUUCCGCAGUGGCAGGACUCCGGUUCUUGUCGCUACUGAUGUUGCUGCUCGUGGACUUGACGUUAAGGACAUCAGGGCGGUCAUAAACUAUGAUUUCCCCAAUGGAGUGGAAGACUAUGUGCAUAGAAUCGGAAGAACAGGAAGAGCUGGAGCGACUGGUCAGGCAUUCACAUUCUUUGGUGAUCAAGACUCGAAACAUGCUUCGGAUCUGAUCAAGAUUUUGGAAGGAGCAAACCAGCGAGUUCCUCCUCAGAUACGUGAAAUGGCUACACGUGGUGGUGGCGGAAUGAAUAAAUAUAGUCGAUGGGGUCCUCCUUCUGGGGGCCGUGGUGGUGGUGGUCGUGGUGGCGACUAUGGUUAUGGUGGCAGAGGUAGUAGCUUUGGUGGUUCACGUGACAGUGGUAGAAGCAGCGGUAAUGGGUGGGGAAGAGAGCGUGAAAGGAGCCGUAGCCCUGAGAGGUUCAACAGAGUUCCACCACCGUCUUCCACCGGAUCUCCUCCUCGCAGCUUCCACGAGGCCAUGAUGAAGCACAGAUGA